AUGGGACCGCCGAGCAACGUUCAGGGCAUCAUUCAGCCAAACACGAUCGUGGCGACAUUCCUCAUCUUGCGCGUCAAGGAUGCGGACAAGUGCAAGGAUGUCGUCGCCGCCACCCCGGACCUGACCAAGAACGUGGCUGUGCGGGACGUCACGGCCAAGAUGAACGUGACGGUCGGGAUUGGCUCGAACGUGUGGGACGCGAUAACGGGGCUGCCUCGGCCGAGUGAGCUGCACCCGUUCAAGGAAUUCAAGGGCAAGACGCACACUGCACCCAGCACGCCUGGCGACUUACUCUUUCAUAUCCGCGCCAACCGCCGCGACCUCAUCUUCGAGUUUGAGCGGCAGCUGCUGGACCGAUUUGGCAGUGCGGCUGAGACUGUCGACGAGGUCAGUGGAUUCCGGUACUUUGACGGGCGCAACCUCCUCGGCUUUGUCGAUGGAACGGCCAACCCUGUUGGCCCAGACCUGCCAGAGUCGUGCAUCGUCACUGCGGAGCAGUGCAAGGCUGGCGCUGGCGGAAGUUACCUCGUCAUCCAGAAGUACAUGCACGACCUGGCGGGAUGGGGUAAGCUCAAGGUCGAGGAGCAGGAGGCCGCGAUCGGACGUACCAAGAUUGACAACAUCGAGACGGAGGAUGCGGCGGUCGACGCCCAGAAGAGUCACCGGCAGCUCUCGACGAUCGACGUCGAUGGCGAGGAGCUCGACAUCCUGCGCGACAACUUACCGUUCGGGCGGCCAGGCCAUGGCGAGUACGGUACCUUUUUCAUCGGGUACUCACGCCGGCUGUGGGUGACCGAGAAGAUGCUUGAGAACAUGUUUAUCGGCGUACCGCCUGGCAAGCACGACCGGAUGCUCGACUUUUCCAAGGCGGUGACUGGCAACGUCUACUUUGUGCCCAGUUCCGAGAUGCUCGAGAGUCUGGGCUAG